AGGGCAGACUGUGGGAUUUGGUGCCCCAGAGCUUUUCCGAGGCCCCUCCCAUCCCUGUGGCCGGUGCCCUCAAGGCCAGACCGUUGGCUUUGCUGACCACUAUCCUUGACGAGGAGUCUCCUGUCAUUGUGGCAGGAGCCCUUGAGAACACAGUGCAGGACUUGCUGUCCUGUGGCAUUCCCAAAACUUCUGUCUUGUGGGUGCCUUCAAGGCACGACUGCGGAACAUGAUGAGUCAGAGCUCUUCUGAGAUCUCUCUCCAGGAAGUCACCUUAAAUCCCAUUGGUGACAUGGAGCAGAGACCCCCGAUCGUGCCUAAACUGGCCUGGGUGGAGGAGGAAGAAGGCCCUGGAGCUGCCCCAGAAGAGCAGCCUGCAGAGGUGGAGCAGUUCCAGCUGCCGCAGGAGGAUGCAGCCCUGGACCGAACACAAGAGCAGGACGGUGCCCACGGCCGCUUCCGCAGAGCAGCGCAGGAAGAGACCAGCAUCGUGGGCACUGGGUCCAUGGAAAACUGUGACGUCUACAGCACCGAUACCAGUGCUGCCAUGCUGGAUUUGCUUGUGCAGAGGAGUGUCUCUGUUGCAAAGCAAGUGCCCGCCAUGGUCAGGGACAUCCACCAGUGGCUCAUGGCCAAUGAGUCUGAUGAGCAGAGUCUGGACAGGACCCUGCUGGAGCUGGCUGAGGCACACCCAGCCGAUGUGGGGAUAACUCUGCUGCGUGUGGCCCCAUCAUGUGACAGGUAUGGGGCCCACCUGCCCACAGGGCUCACCAGCCCAUCACCCUGCGGAGCCUGUCCCAGGUGUCUGACAAACAGAGAGUCCAGGGCCCUCUGGCUCCUCCAUUUCCCAGCCCUGGCAUGCCAGCCCCCGAGCCUGCUUCCAUGCUCCCUCCCUCAGGCUCCCUCAGGCGCCAGUUCCUACAGGGUGUUCUUCAGUACAGUGGAGAUGACAGAGAAGGUCGAUAACUUGUGGAGACUAUGCCAGGAGGAACACGGCCUUGUCACCAACCCCAGCAGGUUUGCAGUGCAGACCUUGAAGGUUCUGCUCUGCCGACUGGAGUAUGAGCAUGUGGUGGUGGCAGUGCAAUGCAAGCGUGGCUGGGAUGCGCUGCUCUGUGCUGACACCCACCCCUAUGCCGUGGCUCUGCUGGCCAGAGGGUCUCGUCACCGAGGGACGGCUGAGCUGACCAGGAAAGGCCGGGAGAGGAGGGUGCCCAGGAGCAGCCGCCUUCCAGAGGGCACAAGUCCCCUGGCAGGGUGGUCGGGAAAGAAAGACGAGACCUCUAUCGCACGCCACCUCCUUGAGCUGCUCAGCAGGGUGGAGCCAAAGUGGGAUCUGCCUGCCCUGGCGUUCCUUGUGGAGGUGCUCAAGUGCCUGGACUUGAGGGAAUGUGGUGACAGUGUUGUGGAGAUCUCAUCAAAAUACCUGCAGAGCGAGCGCAGACAGAUGCGUCGCCUGGCACUCAGGGCCCUCCUCGUGCUCAGAGGCGAUCCCUCAGUGGUGAGAAGGGGGCAGCGGCUGAAGCUGCGCUGGCACCCCUUGUGUUCCACACGGGCCGAAAGAACGUGGAGCCUGACUGAAAGCCUUGUGAAGCUCCUGCGGGAAAAUGCCAGUGACGUGGUUGGGAUGAGCAUCAUUGUACUCAGCAGUGUGCUUACGUAUAAUGGCGCCCCAAUACCACACCCCAUCGCCCUGCAGCUGGCUGAGGCGCUCCUGCCACUCUUUGACAACGAUGAUAGCCAGGUGCAGCUGCUGUCCAUGUCUGUCUUCCGGACUUUGAUGUCUCUUGUGGCAGAAGAAGGAGAAAAGCCUCUGAAGACACAAGUGUGCAGGAGUCUGGUCCCGCUCUUCUUCCACUGUCAUGAUGAGAACCGGCAUGUGGCAGAGGCCUCUCAGGGAACGCUGCUUUGUGUGGCCAAGUUCCUGAAGAGGAAGGAUUUUGAAAAGCCGCUGAAGAAGCAGCAGCUGUGGAAGUUUGCCGAGUGCCUGCUGGCAGAGGACAGGAGCCGAGUGGCCAGGCACCUGUACCAGGCCAUCAACUACGUGGACAGCCCGCAGGAGUCCCUGCGAGAGGCGGCCGUCGGGUUCAUCGAGAUCGCUGCACGGCGCUUGAGGAGGCAAUCGUCAGAUUUCCGCUUCAUCUGGUUAGCCCUUGAACAUAUGAGGAGAGAUGUGAGCCCUGCCAUCAGAAGCCUGGCUCUGCAAACACUGUUUGCCCUUGGCAUAGCGGACACCGGUCCAUACCCCCUAGUCCAGAGGCUGCAAGAUCAGCUCCGCAGGGCAUGGGAGACACGGCCUCGUCUGCCGGGCCUUGGCUGCCUGCGCUUCUGGAGUUCUGUGUGGAGGUGAUCUGGGAGGCUCUGUCUGCUGGGCCCACCUGAGCCAGCAAGGAUUUUCCUUUUCUUUAGGAUUGCUCUUUUUUCUUUUCAUUUUUCUUUAGUGUGUGAAUAUAGAAUGUGUUAUAAUACACAGA